CAAAGUUGAUUUUGUCAACAUUUAGCUGUAACUUUAGCACAGGGGUCGCAAGAACUUGAAGCAAGCAGGUUUACUGUGAGUAUUUCCAUGUGUUUUGUUUUAAAAGGAUAACUACUGUUCGCCAUUUGAUUCACAGCAUUCGUAACAAAUAGUUUGAUUGUAUUCAAAGGUAUUGCUGUCUGGUGUACUAUUGCUACAGUAGCUAGCUAACGUUAACGUUAUUUAACCUGGCUAUGAAUUAUCUCCAUGCUUGUUAAUCUAUAGCUAACUUUCCUUGCCAUACCAUAAUCAAAUAAAAAACUCCAAUGAGCUGUGUGUAUACUAAACUAAUCCCUCAAUAUCUUUUCAGAAAUAUGGCUUCUUCCCUGGGGUGUACAAAGGACGUUUUGCAGCAGGUCAACCAGUUCUGGUCCAUGUUAGACGAGCUGUCUCAGAAUGACCCUCAAAGCUACCAGAUGUAUAUCGAGAAACAGAUGAAACAGGGAGCUGAUUAUAAUGCACCACCUCACCCUGACUCCUGCCUACUCAUCGAAAUGCUGGUACCACAAAUUACCUGCUUUCUAUGAGCAGCUACACCCACACUGUAGAGUUUAUAGAUUGGAAACACACAAACUUCGAACACUGGCCUACAUAAAAAUGACAUAGCAAAGUGUGUUUAGAGAAUACUGGUUCAUUUGUUUGCAGUGCACGUUUGAUUGUGCACUGCGGGCUAAUAAUAUGGAGGUGUGAACUAUAAAGAGGCUGAACAGUUGCUUUAUUGUUUGUGUCAGGAGCCAAAGAAAGGGUUGCUGUACAUCAAUGUGUGUGGCUGGAAGCGUGUCCCUGCCCCUGCUGAUGAGAACAAGCCAGUGCCUGUGUGUGGAGGGAGACUGGAGACAGACACUGAUGAAAGAGGAGGUACCAAGAGUCACUGUUGUCCUGCAGAACACAAACCUGUAUUUCUGCAUAAUUACCUAUAGUGUAACAUGUAUUACAAGAGGUGCAGGCAAAAAAGUGAACAUUUCCAAAAUUACUUUCUACUACAGCUGACUUUCUUAUAACUUGUUUUAUGGUUUUGAUACCAAUGUUAUGUAACACUGUUUAACUAAAAAUGUGUUUCAUUGCCGUUUCUCAGUACUACAACUUGUGUUUCCUGUACUCAGACAACUACAGUGUGGUGGAUGUGGCGUUCAGCCCUGCGGUGCUGCAGCAGGCUCAGCAGGACAAGAGGGAGAAGGACCAGGUCCACCUGUUAGCCCUGAGCUUCACCCAGCAGCAGCAUGGCCUGCGUCUGGCCCAGCAGUACAACGUCAGCAACAGUAAGGUAAAAGGCAGCCUAGAGGACAUGCAGCGCCGCCUGGGUCCUCUAAAACAGUCCAGCCCUGCCACCAACACAGGUAAGGCCUCUUAAGUAAUUAUUCCCUGAUUCAAGGGGACAGUUGUAUUUUUUAUUAAGGUGACACCACCACCAAGAUAAAGGCGAGAUUAUUUAUUUAAAAUGUAUUGAGCAAUACCUACUAAUGUAGUAUAUUCUAGAUUUUUUAAAGGUAUACUGUAGGUGAAGAUGAAUGUUUUGACAUUCAUUUGACAUCAAUUUCCCAGCCUCCCAGACCCCAGCUUCCCUGCUUCAGCAGAUCUCCUCUCUGCGUGAAGGGCAAACUGAGGACAGUACACCUGUGCAGCUCAUCACAUCUGUCCAGCUAACUCCUGGGCCAGGGGACCAAAGCAACAAGACCAAAAACCUGAUCCAGGUGAUCUCCAGCUCAGUGACAGCCCAGCCUCAGCGGCCACAGCACCAGCUCACUGUCAACUCUGACCCCAGGGACCGCUUUCGGAGCCUGAAGCUGACUGUGGAGCUACCAAAGGUUCAGUCCAUCACAGAGUGCCAUCUCAGCAUUUCCCAGGUCAGGGAACACUCUGCUUCCCCUUCCCUUGUGCUAUGAAUAAGGCCCUGUGACGGAUGAACUAAAAUUCUGUCUGUCUUGCUUAAACGCUUCCUAUGGUGACAUAAUAGCCUAUGUUACAUUAUAAGUUAUCCUUUCUUUGGUCUUGUGGGUCUAAUAGUGUGUGUGUAUUUCUCUGUAGGAUGAUGUACUACUAGAAGUGGAGGAUAUGUACCAUCUACACCUGGAGCUGCCUGAGACUGUGAAUGAAGAGUCGGCCUCUGCCACGUUCAACAAGAAGAAACGGACAUUAACUUUGCAAGUGUCUAUACUCUAGUGCCGGUACUGCUGACACUAAAAAGAAGCAAAUUCAUUAAUAGGCAAACUCUAAAAAAUGUGUCUGCUCUGGCAAGACUGGGACUUUUGAAAUAUAACAAGGCCAUUAGAGAAGGCAGUAAUGUAAUUUCUGCUAUGCAUCCUACAAGCUGUGCGUCUGAACCUUUGUAGUAGUAUACAGUACCUCAGUAAAGACAUUCACAACAACAUUAAUGACUCAUGUGGAAUUAUAGUCCUCCAUGAUCAUGAGUUACAUUAACUGCAUUUCUGGGAAAUAAUUCACAAAUAGUCAAUAUUCAUGCAG